AUGGCGACUGUAGCAGCUGAAAUUAUGCUACAGUGCGUCUUUGAUGGAAGCUUGUCGAUGUCAGACAUGGAUAAGGAGAGACGGCCUUAUCAUAAAAACUGCAGUUGUGCAUUGCACAAACAGAAGGGGGAACAACCAACCACUUGUGUACACAGUAGGAAUAUAACAUGUCCCAAAAGGCAAAUACAGAAAGAUAUGAGUAUGUCAAUAGCAGCUUCCAAAUUUUCUUCUCGAUCUUCUUCUUGCGACAAUUCAUCAGUCAGGAGUGUACAACAUACAAUUCUGGCUUUAGCAAGUAGUUAA